AUGGCUUUGGUCCCGGCUCCGAUUUAUGUCGUUCCGCAGCAGGUGACUGUGGCGCAACCUGCCACGAUCACAGUUCAGCAGCCCGCGGUUUGCGUGACAACCACUCCAGUCUACAAUGUCUGCAUUCCUGUCGCACCGCCUCCUCCGAAGGUCACCCUUGUGGCACCUUCAGUUCCAGCUGUCGUGGCAGCGGUCCCUCCUCCAGUCAUGGUCUGCGCACCUCCGGUCUAUUAUCUCGGGUGA